ACUAAGUAUGGUUUGAGAGGGUGUGUAGCAGAGACAAGUCUGCUGUGCUCUGUGUAGUUCUUCCUGGUUUGGCUAGACUGAAAGAAGUUGUUUCUGCUACCUGUGGCGAACUCGGCCUCUCAGUAUGACGGUGCGUGUGUGCGUGCAGCGCACUCUACAUCUGGUGGUGUUUGCAUGUGUUAUCGCCAGCCAGUGAGGAACACGCGACGUAGGAUACCUUGUUCCCGUAGAGUCACACGUGCACUCCCAUAUUUGAUGACCAAGCUGUAAAUCGAUGUGUCGGUUAAGCACCGGCUGUGCAGCACAAAAUUUCAGAUCCCUUGUCUGCCUGUCCAUCUAAUACCCAUUCUGCUACUUCAGAUUGCUACUUCAAAUACUUGGUUCCCCGGCAAAUCUUCAGAGAAACCGGUGUGCCACCUCCCGUUGCAUGCAAGGCGUUCACCACCCUGUGUAUGACUGAACCACGCGUAUGUGCGAGGAUGAAAAUCCGUGCGUUCCAUUCCGCCGUUUUAUUCUUGCCUUAUCCGUGCUAACACACGUGUGUAACUCCGUCCAAGCAAUCACACUACAUGUCGUGAAUGAUACGCCAUCAUGGGGAUGCCGGUGCCGGCUCUUUUCCACGCCGCACUGGCUGCAGGUACUUUAACUGCCACGGCGCGGCUAACAUUUCCGUACGUAUCGCAAGCAGAACCAGUGGUUAGUUUGACGGCAGCAGAACACAAACCAGGACCCUUCUUUCCGCUAUCGAAUACGACAGAAGCAGCAGCACAAUCAGUAGGAGGCAUGAAUAUAUUGAGGGAUUUGAGGAAAAGCGAGAGUUUGUGUACGCUUGCCGAUCAAGCUGUUGUAGUCGUGGAUGGGGGCAGUACAGGAACUCGCACAGAAGUCUUCGCAAUCACUACUGAGUCCUGCCCUGGUAAAGGGCGCGUAGUAUUACCACAGAAGCUCCGAUUUCUCGGUAACGGACGCAGGGUAAUGGGAUUCAGGCAGUUAUUGGAAACGUGGUUGGACGCACAUGCAGCUGGCUGGGAGGCGAAGCCAGAUGCGUCUGUAACAAUGACAAAGUACGUGCCAGAACUCCAGAUGAGAACCGCUCAGCUUGUUACGAAAUUGAAGAGUGACGUCGCCGACUUCUUGAACACGCACCUUUCGGAACUUGAGGCCCGAAGUGCGAAGCAACUGGGAGUUCCAGUUUUCGUCCACAGUACUGCAGGAAUUCGGGAUUUCCGCGACUGGUAUGUUGACGGACUAUUUUUGCUUCUUCGUUCUGCACUAAACCAGCCGUUUAGCGUGGAUGGCUACGUGUUUUUCACGAAUCCGGAGCUGGCGAGACCAAUCACCGGCGAAGAAGAGGGAGUGUUCGCCUUUUUGACUUUGAAUUUCCUGGCCAAGCGCUUAUCGUUUUUUCUAAGGCCUGAUGUGAAUCGUCAAAUGCAAGGACUGGCCGGCCUUGUGGAGGUGGGGGGGGCAUCUCUGCAGGUUAUUUUGCCGAUAGACAAGUCGCAGGUCCUUCCAUCGUUCGUGAAAACUGCCAGUCUGAAGGGAAAUGGAGGUCGUUUGGAGCAAUUGCCUCUCGGAAGGAAGCUCGUGUCAGUAUCAUUUAUGCAGCUUGGCACCACCAGUUCAGCAGGACUUCUGCUCAAAGGUAUCUGUCGGCAACAGAAAUUCCUGAAAAACGGGAUAUGCCACAAUCCUUGCAUGCCGCAGGGCUACGAACAGACGUGCUCUGCGGGGCCGCCGACGUUCUCCUCUGAUGGGAAUGUUCAUGUCGAUACUCAGCUGCGAAGGAAUCGCCUUAUUCCAGCGGCGACUUACUGCUCCUCUGCCAAUCCCGCAGUAUCGUUGAGGCUUUUGAACAUAUUCGGGUGUGCAGCCAUUGGCAUGAAUCCUUUUUCGACCUUGGAAGACCGGAUAGCCGUCGAAGGCUGUACGCAAAUUGUGGGAACGGGGGAUUUCAAAACGUGCUUCGAUCAAGUCGACAUGAUUCUUUUAAACCCUCCCAUCCCACUUCCAGCAAAUUUAGAGGCAUCCUCGACAGGAUUCGACACAUUAGGUCAGGUUUUCAGGCUCGUUUCGACAGAUGCACCCGUGUUCAUUGCAGGGGUCGCCAUUCUGGACGGCAUUCGUACGCUUCAGAGGAUUGGAUUCCUGGGAGACUUUCGCGGAGAGACAGAUUUACUUGAAGAGGCUGCAGGGAGAUUUUGCAAAUUGCCAGUCAAAAACAUCCCGGGGAAGGGGCUUGUGUUUGACUUACGCGAUCAGGAGGUUCUGGUAACACCGUUCACCAUAACGUUUUGCCAAGAACUGGCGAUGUCGGUAGGGUUGUUAAAGCAUUUGCAGUCAGGAUUUCAUGUGCCUAGUGCGAUAAUUUUCACCAAUGAGAUAGACGACGCCGAGGGUAAGGUGCAGGGACAAAUCGGCUGGCCAUUGGGUGCUGUUCUAUACAGGGCUCUGUCACAAAAACAGUGGUCGCGGGACAUGUAUGAGUUGGGUCCUAAGGUAAAUUUUCUAGUAGCAACGCCAUGAACAUGGCUAAUAUCCGAAGCCGCGAGGCAGUCGAGUAAAUUUACAGUGCCGUUUCUUCGAGAGGUCGAGAUCAUCCUGUUGAUUGCCGUUGUCGCAGGGGAGCUGAAUACAGUGACAGUGUGACAGCAUCGGUGGCUACCUUAGAAGCAGUGAUGAGUCUUCGUGAUUUUUGUCGAAUCGUGGGCUCUGAUUCCUUGGAUCACGGCAAAUCGUCGGAUCAGCUGUGAUGCGGCAAGGCACAAGUACCAACUUGAUCGACGCCCGAAUACCAGUGGCGGCUGUAUUGCAGCCGUUAUGGUGCUUAGGAAUGGUCUCGUACGUGUGAGCUGUGGACUGCGCAAGCGUUGAAAAAUCAUUUGCGAUGCACGAUUAGCGAAGGCGUGACACUAUUGUCCUCGAACUGUGUUUUCUUCGAAGCGGUGCAUUUGGCUUGAUGCACGGAAAACAGUUCUCUAUUGGUUAGUUUGUUGAUUCCACACAAAGAUCAUAUGGUUAGUGUGCCGGUUUUACACACGGAUCGCGUGUGACGCAUGCGUCCUAGGAUUGUUUUGUAACAGCUCGACAGAUGUUGAGGAGAACUCUUCCGGUAUUGUGUGUGCGGCCAUCAGGUGUGGUAACUGUUCGUCAAAGCUCGACGCUAUCAUCACUUGAGACCUGUCUGCUCAUGUCUGUAGUGCAACGAGCAGUCAGCAGUCCCCGUACAUGCCGUGCUGGUGACGUGUUUUUCGGUCUCCUGAGGACUUUGGGCUCUAGAAAUAAGUACUAUACAAGAGUGAUGGCAUACCCAUGACGCGGGACGAAGCACAGUCGACUGUCAGCCUGAAAAGAUUCCGAGGACAGGUUCGCA